ACACCGGUUAGUUGCGGUCACGGUUGACGCUUUUACAAGGACAAAACUUGUGUUAUUGAGCGGGCACAUGUGUUGCUUACUACGUCUAGUUUACCCGGCUGUACAAUAUACUGACUCAACAGUUACAAUAGACAUACAACACACCACAUGUUACCAAAUCAAUAAGAAAACCCACUUUCAGCCACAACCUCGGUACACGUUCCUCAAACGUUUCGCAAUGAAGACUCCAAAUUUCGUUUGGGUUUGUUUGCUUGGCUGUUCAUUUUUCGUGUCUUUUGCUCUGAGCGAAGACACUGUGGACGUUCCCGAGUCGAACACACAGACUGAACCCGUGUUGGACUCGGAGCCCCAGCGAGAAAGUCAACCUCUGGUCCCGGACACUGGGGCGGAGCGGGACUGUCGCCUGAGCUCGUUCCAGCUCCAGCCGGACUUCAACCUGGCCCAAUUCGAGGGGUACUGGUACUCCUUGACUAUCAACCGUUACUGGCUAGCCGUCCCUCGCUGGUUCCCUGUCCGCCAGUCAAAUGUCCAGGUCAACUAUAGAUUGCUGUCUGACGGCAGUCUGGAAGUGAAAACAGGUGGCGAGUUCAUGUUUCCAUUCUGUGACUAUAUAGCAGGGAAAGGAUACAUCCCGGACAAAACUCAGCCCCAGAAGCUCGAAGUCCAGUUUGACACACUACUCACGAGGACUUCGAGGAAGAACCCUUACUGGGUUGUCAGCACAGACUAUGAGGGAUUCGCCGUCAUCUACUCGUGUUGGAAAGAACGGGAAGAUGGCACGUGCCACCCUGACUACACAUACAUGUGGACACUGAACCGAAAGCGAGGCGGACACACACCGGAACAGGAAGAGAAAAUAAAAAUGGCAGUGGAACGGAUGUGCGUCCAACCAGACAAUUUCAAAACGUUUAAACAAAACGGAAGUUGUAAAUUUGAUCCAGAUAAAUUCCCAUCCGGAGGAUUAGGUUUAAUUCCAUUUUUGGUCAUAGCGGUCAUUAUGUUUUUAAUUCUAGGCGUUUUAAUGUAUUGUUGUAUUGCUAAAACUGAUCGUGUAGCCGAGACAAAGAAAACACAAUAAGUUAAAAAUAGUGUGGCUUAUCCUUCUUUUCAUAUUCUAGCGUAUUGCCAAUCGCCAAAGUUAUGUUCUGGACGUUGUGGUGUCAGGUUUUAGAACAUUUUUAUGAUGUUAGGAACGGAUGGCGAUGACUAUGACGUCAUCAGAACUUGAUUAAUACGCACGCUUGACCUGUCCGCGGAGAUUAUUUUUUUAACUUGAAAACGAAAAAAUGUAAUUACAUAAAAAAAAAAAAUCCUGAAUAAUUGUGAAUAAUUGAAAUCGAAUGUGGUUUCGUGACAGCAGAUGGGGCAGAACCUCCAGAUAUGAGAUGGGGGUCCGAAGGUGCCAGAAAAGGAAGCUAGUCCGAAUAAAUUUGAAAGGGUAAAAAGGCAUGUUUUGAAUAAGAAAAUCGUCAGACACGACAAAUAAAAAUUGUGUAGUUUGGAACCGUCUUGAAACUCCGUGAAUGCAACCACCAAGAGCUGUGCGACGGUCAUUGCUCGCCAUAUUCCUGCUUUGUCCAGUAUCCGCCUAACUCUAGUGUCUGCAUACAGGCUGCCUCAGAUUGCUUAUUAGAAGAAUCAAUGAAUGUGUAUGAUCUACAUGUAGUUAUUGAAUAACUGUUACCUAUGUGUGUGUGUCCUGUAGUAUGAUUCAGAGAUCGCCUUCCCAGCUGUCGACACAUUCCAAGGUAUUCAUCAUCGCGCGUAUACAAAAGUGUAGCAACGAUAUAGAAAACAUUGUUAUUACCGUCACAAGACUGACGACCAAUCUGUAAAAUUUAAAGGUAAAAUAAAGUUAUAAAGAUUGUAAAUUAGUAAUAUAUAAACCAUUCUUGAUUUUUGUGUCGCCUUUUACAUUUCAUUAUGUCGGGAUAUCCACUGUUAUUUACAAAAUAAAAUAUUGUUUAUCUU